UUCCAGUGCAAAGUAAUCCUGCAUUGACUUUUCAAAGUUCAUCAAAUUGAGUUGAAAAAACAACAGUUUCAACCAACUGGAAUUUAAAAAAACCCUACAGACCCAAGUUAAACCAAGCAAACACCAAAACUGUGAAACAACAUUUCCUUGGUCUUUAAGAGAGUUGUAAUCCUGCUUCCUAGUUUUUAAUAAUUCUUCAUACUACUGGGAAUGCAAAUGCCUUCAAAGUUCAUCAAAUUUAGCUGAAAAAGCAGCAGUUUCAACCAUCGGGAACUUAAACCUUCGAACACAAAGUACAACGAAGUGGACAACAUUGUCGUGAGUAAGUGCAUGCGGUGGUGGCCCUCAGCAUGGUGUUGCCACCACCGGACAAGCGGCAUGUGUGUCUUACAACCUUCGUCAUCAUGACCAGCAUGGCUUUCAUGGAUGCCUACCUAGUGGAACAAAACCAAGGCCCACGCAAGAUUGGAGUCUGUAUUAUAGUCCUGGUGGGGGAUGUUUGCUUCCUUAUUGUCCUCCGUUACGUGGCGGUUUGGGUCGGAGCAGAAGUGCGGACAGCUCGCCGAGGAUACGCCAUGAUUCUAUGGUUCCUCUAUAUCUUCGUAUUAGAGAUCAAGCUUUACUUUGUCUUCCAGAACUGUAAGGCUGAUCGCAAGAGUCUGGAAACUGUGGCAAGGAAAGCCUUGACUUUAUUGCUGUCCAUUUGUGUGCCAGGUCUCUAUUUAGUACUAGUGGCUCUGGAUAGCAUGGAGUACGUUCGUACUUUUAGAAGGAAGGAGGACAUGAGGGGGAGACUCUUCUGGGUGGCUUUGGACUUGCUGGACUUGCUGGAUAUGCAGGCAAAUCUUUGGGAGCCGCAGCGGACAGGUUUGCCCAUUUGGGCUGAAGGUCUGAUGUUCUUCUACUGCUACAUUUUGCUUCUGAUUCUUCCCUGCGUAUCCCUAAGUGAGAUCAGUGUACAGGGUGACCACAUUUCUCCACAGAAGAUGAUGCUUUAUCCUCUUCUCAGUUUGGUCACCAUCAAUAUCGUCACCAUCCUCAUUCGUGGGGUCAAUAUGGUGCUUUUCCAGGACAGCCGGGUUUCCACUAUUUUUGUCGGCAAGAACGUUGUGGCCAUCGCAACCAAGGCGUGCACCUUUCUGGAGUACCGGAAACAGUCCAGGGAAUUCCCGAAUCGAGAAAACGUGAGCGGUAUUCCAAUGGAAGUCCAGCAGAACUCUGUGGGACACCACGGACAAGCUCUUCCCAAUGCUACUACCCUUCCGCAUGAACCCACGCCAGCCCGGGAGAUUAUGGAUACAUGACCAAGGAGCCAAAAUGGAGGCUUUUGUUUGACACAGCUCAAAAAAAAAUUUAAGUUUAGAGCACUCAAAUCACUUGAUGUGAACUGUU